AUGGCGACGCAAGCAAACUCUGUCCCGCAUCCGACUUUGGUGAAGGGUAUACAUAAUCGCUGGCACCCGGACAUCCCCCCAUUUGCGACGGUAAAAACUGGCGAGGUAUUCAAGGUGGAAUGUAUUGACUGGACCGGCGCUCAAAUUGGCAACAAUGACAGCAGUGACGAUAUCAGGGACGUUGAUCUCACCAAGAUUCAUAAUCUCUCUGGGCCUAUUGCCGUCGAAGGCGCCGAACCAGGCGACUGCUUGGUCGUCGAUAUUCUCGACGUGACACCGUUCGAGAAGAUGCCUUGGGGCUUCACCGGAAUCUUUGAACUUGAAAACGGCGGGGGACUAUUCGCGCGUGAGUUCAAGAGCCGUGCUGCGAAAGCCAUCUGGGACUUCAAAGGCGUGUACGCGACCUCUCGACACAUUCCCGGCGUACGUUUUGCAGGGGUCUCGCACCCAGGUCUGAUCGGGACCGCACCCUCCGCCGACCUUCUCGCUACGUGGAACAAACGCGAGUGCGGGCUGAUUGCAGAGCAUGCAGAUGCCGUCCCGCCCGUCGCGUAUGCGCCGAAUCCCGUGGGCGCGUAUGUCGGCCAGGAUAAUCUCGACCCCGAGGUGAGAAAAUCGAUUAUGGAGAAUGGGGCUAGGACUGUGCCCGGGAGGGAACAUGGGGGGAAUUGUGAUGUACGUUCAAGCUUCUUGGGUUCUCGUUGUUAUUUCCCGGUGUUCGUUCCCGGAGCGAAUUUGUCGGUCGGUGACUUGCAUUUUUCCCAAGGAGAUGUACGUCUCGCGUUUUGCGGAGCUAUUGAGAUGGCGGGCAUCAUAACUUUUAGUACCAGCAUUAUCAAAGGCGGCGUGGAGAAGUUUGCUUUGAAACAGCCCAUCUUUAUGCCUUCUCCAAUCGACCCGUUGUACUCCUCCAAACUUAUCUUUGAGGGAAUAAGUGUCGAUUAUCAUGGAGAUGGAAAACAAUACAAUAUGGAUGCAACCGUGGCAUAUAAACAGGCAGCUUUGAAUGCUAUUGCGUAUUUGAUGAAGAUUGGAUAUACUCGAGAACAAGCCUAUCUCCUUUUAUCGGCAGCCCCAAUUGAGAGUCACGUGGGAGCUAUAGUCGAUUCUCCCAAUGCAUGUGUAACCCUGGCAUUGCCUACGGGUAUUUUCGAGCAUGAUAUUCUUCCUAAGCCAGAGGGCCUUACGAAGCAUGAUUUUGGCCAAUGCGCUAUCAGGAGUGACGGUGUUAUUUGA